UGACGCCACAGUCUCGCGAGAUGUGACCUGUGACGUCAGAAUUAGCUGUCCGACAGGAGUCAGAGAGCUGGACAUUAAUUGCGUUGCGGGACGUUCAAGCAGUGAUUCGGGACUGCGAAGUGAGUUCAAAAUCGCGACUGUAGGGUGGUAUGUGGAUAUUGCUGCGUGACCUGGAGUUGCGGUGACCCGGCAGGUGCUGGGCUCUAUGCAGCCACUUGACAAUGAAUCUGCACCAGGUGCUGACAGGAGCCGUCAACCCGGGGGAUAACUGCUUCUCGGUGGGGAGCUUUCACGAGCAGUCAAUCACGGCAUAUGCAUCUGGGUGUGAUAUUGUCAUUUUGGGAAGCGAUUUUGAAAGAUUACAAGUUAUUCCAGGAGUUCAGCAUGGAAAUAUUUUGGUGGGAUGUGUGGAUUGUUCCAUGCAGCAAGCAAGGAUUGCAGCUUCAUAUGGCAAUGUGAUUUGCAUCUUUGAACCAGUCAGUCUUUUGCAACAAAAGACUUCACAUUCAAAUAGUGUUCGAACUCAGUGGCAGAAGAGUGGACAGAUUGUGCUCAACUCUGUUGUCCAUAAUUUGACAUGGGACCCAACCGGUACUCGUCUUCUAACUGGUUCUACCCAACUUCAGCUUUGGACCAAUGUUAGUUUAGAAAAGUCAUCUUGUGAUGACCGUCAAGAGAGGACCACCACUGACUAUGCUGAGUGGAAUUGUAUCUGGCAGUGCAAAACUGCAUUUUCUGUUCAUUUAAUGAAGUUUUCCCCAGAUGGAGAAUUUUUUGCCACUGCUGGAAAGGAUGACUGUCUGGUGAAAUUGUGGUAUAAUACUGAAAGCUGGCAUUCUGCUGUUACAUCUCCAGUUACAAGUCCAGACAAGCAAGGCCAAGGUGAAGUAGAUUUCUCUUUUAUCUACCUUGCCCAUCCUCGCGCUGUAAAUGGAUUCUCAUGGAGAAAGACAAGUAAAUACAUGCCAAGAGGCUCUGUUUGCAAUGUUCUUCUGACCUGCUGCAAGGACAACGUAUGCCGCUUGUGGGCUGAAACCCUCUUGCCCAAUGACAGCCUUUUAUCUGGCGAGGGCUUCAAUUUAAUGAUAGAGCCUGAUGGUGUAAAUAAUAACUUUAAAAGAAACUCUUCCAGUAAAGAACGUGUACAGAGUGCAUUGGAGUCAAAUUUAAAGCAUUUCAGGAGAGGCAGGAGUCGGUCUUUGGCACUCGUGGCUCACACUGGGUAUCAUCCUCAUCAGCAAAAUGCACAUAAUGUCCAUCGGAACACUCCCUUCCAUGGCAAUGCUCUAUGCCACUUUCAUAUAGCUGCCAGCAUCAAUCCAGCCACAGACAUCCCUCUCCUGCCUUCCAUCACUUCUAUGAGUCUUAAUGAGACGGAAGAGAAAAGUGGACCUUUUGUCGUACACUGGCUAAAUAAUAAGGAGCUGCAUUUUUCUUUGUCAAUGGAAGUCUUUCUUCAGCAGCUCAGAAAAAACUUAGAGCAGCAAUCAUCAGAAAUCAGCACUGAUGAAACCAACCUUGCUGAGGAGAACUCCGAUGAAGAGACAGAUGAAUUUGGAGCUGGUGAAAAAUUCUCCAGUGACAAAAGAGAAGCAAAUAGCGACAAAACAGCUUUGAAUUCACCAUUGAUACAAUUACCCUCAUCUGUUAUUGAUCAUGAAAUCGAAAUUCUGCUUUCCGAAUGGAAUAAGAACGCAGAUAUGCUUUUCAGUAUCCAUCCUGUGGAUGGUUCUUUGCUUGUCUGGCAUGUUGAUUGGUUGGAUGAAUAUCAACCUGGAAUGUUUCGUCAAGUACAGGUGUCUUUUUCUUGUAGAAUUCCUGUAGCAUUCCCUACUGGAGAUGCAAACUCGCUGUGCAGAAGUAUUGUGAUGUACGCCAGCACAAAAAAUGUAGACCUGGCCAUCCUGCAGGGCAAACAGAAACCCUCAGGCAUGGCACGUUCUACAUCUAUGCUAAUUUCUUCAGGCCAAAGUAAAUCCUCUAACAAUUUGAAACUAAGCAUUUUCACGCCAAAUGUUUUGAUGAUAUCAAAACAUGCUGAUGGGUCCCUGAACCAAUGGCAAGUCAGCUUUGCUGAGGAAUCUGCUUUUUCGACUGUUCUCAGCAUUUCUCACAAAUCUCGUUACUGCGGACAUCGUUUUCAUCUCAAUGAUCUAGCUUGUCAUUCUGUGUUGCCACUACUGCUCACAACCUCUCAUCACAAUUCCUUGCAAUCACCGGAGCAAAACCAGUCAUCCAACUGCUCAGAAGAAGGCUGUUCUCUAAGUGAUCAUAACACCACACCAGAAACUUGCCAAGAUUCCAGUGAAGUGUACAGUGAACUCAUCCUCUGGAGGGUGGACCCUGUUGGGCCUUUGUCUUUUUCUGGUGGAGUUUCUGAACUAGCUCGCCUUAACUCUCUUCAUAUUUCUGCUUUUUCCAAUGUGGCCUGGUUGCCAACACUCAUACCUAGUCAUUGUUUAGGUGCAUAUUGCAAUUCUCCAAGUGCUUGUUUUGUUGCGAGCGAUGGACAGAACUUAAGGCUGUAUCAAGCUGUGAUCGAUGCUAAAAAACUUUUGUGUGAACUGUCCAACCCAGAUAUUUCUAAAUACGUUGGAGAAGUGUUCAACAUCAUUAGUCAACAAUCAACUGCUAGACCAGGAUGCAUCAUAGAAUUAGAUGCAAUUACUGGCCUACAUGGCAGAAAAACUCAGCUGCUUCAUGUCUUUCAAGAGGAUUAUAUUUUAGGAAAUAAUAAGAAAAACGUCGCUUUUGGAAACAGUGGCUUUACUACAGAUUCUGAAGAAAUCUCCAGCAAGGAGUCAACAGAAAACUCACAAAAUGGAUACUCUGAAAAAUUCUACCUGGUAGUAAUUGAGUCGACCCCAGAAAGACGAUCAAAUCUGCAAAUGUGGAAACUGCACCUUAAAUCUGUGCCAGUGUCUAUAGAAGAUAAAUCGGAUUCCGACUCUUCUGGAAAUGCUCAGGCAAUAGAUGAUUCAUUCAGUUCUGCUUCUGGAGAAAGAGUCCAAUCACCUCACACACAAAGAUAUCAGACCUGCAAAGCAAACCUUCAGAGUACAAGCAAGAUGACCCUUUCAUCUGAAAUUGUUUAUAGCGAAGAAUUAGACUUACCAGAUGGAGUAGAAAUAAUCAGUGUUAAACCAUCAGCAGGUCAUUUGAGUUCUUCUUCAAUUUAUCCAGUAUGUCAUGCUCCUUACUUACUAGCAACAUCUUGCUCUGAUAGCAAAGUGAGGUUCUGGCGCUGCAGAGUGGAUUCGGAUUUGCCCCUGUCACCAAGUGACAUGGAAACCAGUAUUAAUUAUAUAUGGGAAGAAUGGCCUUUGCUUGUUGAAGGUGGCCUCCAGAAUGGUGCAGUGAGUGUACCAGGGAGACCUAUUGAAGUCAGCUGUGCCCAUACAAAUUGUCUAGCUGUAGCAUUCAAGCAAACCCCAAGUAAAAGUAGCAACUCGUCACAAGAAUUUUUAAUGCAUGUAAGUAUUUUUGAAUGUGAAUCUACUGGAGGUUCAUGCUGGAUACUAGAACAAACGAUUCAUCUGGAUGAGCUAAGUACAAUGGUUGGAUCUGGCAUUAGUAUCGAUAAUAAUCUUGUAGCUUACAAUAAGCUUGACGUUUUUUUGUCUUCUAACAAGCAGCUCCAUCCAAACACAAAGCAUUUGGUCCACUUAGACUGGAUGUCAAGGGAGGACGGGUCUCAUAUAUUAACUAUAGGUAUAGGUUCAAAACUUCUAAUGUAUGGCCAGGUUGCAAAAAAGGCACAAGAACAACCUUUUAAAGAAGAUUUUGCCUUACAACUCUGGCAAACUGCAAAAAACCCAGCUCAUCCAAGAUUUGUACUUUUGAGAUGCGUGGACCUGGUGUCUUCUGUGGAAGGAUCGCUUCCGCUGCCUGUUUCUUUGUCCUGGGUACGUGAUGGAAUUCUUGUUGUUGGAAUGGACUGUGAAAUGCAUGUCUACUCCCAGUGGCAGCCUUUCUCAAAGCAGGAUGCCGCGAGCACAGACUCUUAUAAUGGCAGCACUCCAUCUAUUACAAACUUAGUCAAGCAAAGCCAGUCUGUUGCAUCUGGUCUUAACCCUCCAAAGAAAUCUAUGACUAGGUCAAUGACAAGUUUAGCACAGAAGCUUAUGGGAAAGAGAACUGCAUUUGACCUUCCCAUAGAAAUGGAAGAUUCCGGCCUUUUUGAAGCCGCUCAUGCUUUGUUCCCAACAUUACCUCAGUAUCAUCCUUUGCAGCUUUUAGAGCUGAUGGAUCUAGGUAAAGUGCGUAGAGCAAAGGCUAUUCUAUCACAUCUCGUAAAAUGUAUUGCUGGAGAAGUGGUAGCUAUUAAUGACAAUGAACCUAGUUAUGAACGCAGAUUACGUUCUCUUUCAAUAAGUGCUAGUGGAAGCACUUCUCGAGAUCCUAAAACAUUUAGCAAACCAGAUAAUGUAGACUAUACAGAAAUAGAUUCUAUUCCGCCACUGCCCCUGUAUGCACUCCUUGCGGCAGAUGAGGAGUCAACAUUUACAUCCACGGUUGAGAAGUCCAGCAACCAUAACAACUCUAACAAAAGCAGCAACGGUAAUGCUAACGAUGAAAAUUAUGAUGAACUUUUUCAAGUUCCCACUCUGGGCUCUGAUGAUUUGACAGCAAUGGAUUCUGAGGAUGAAACUACAAAGCCACAAGUUAUUGACCUUUCCCAGUAUAGUCACACUUAUUUUGGUCCAGAACAUUCUCAGGUCCUCUCAAGACAUUUACUUCACUCCAGUCUUCCAGGCCUGACUCGCAUGGAACAGAUGUCCCUAAUGGCUCUUGCAGAUACCAUUUCUACAACAAGUACUGAUAUUGGAGAAAGUAGAGACCGCAGUCAAGGUGGGGAGACCCUUGACGAAUGUGGGUUGAAGUUUUAUCUGGCUGUUCGACUUCAUACAUUUCUCACUACAUCUGUUCCUCCUGCAUAUAGGGCUCAGCUUUCUCACCAAGGCUUGUCCACAAGUCACUUUGCCUGGGCCUUUCAUUCUGUGGCAGAGGAAGAAUUGCUGGGCACACUUCCUGCCAUGCAAAAAGGAGACCCUACCUGGGCAGAACUGAGAGCGAUGGGAGUGGGAUGGUGGCUUAGGAACACCCAUAACUUGCGCAAGUGUAUUGAAAAGGUAGCCAAAGCAGCUUUUCAGAGAAAUAAUGACCCCUUAGAUGCAGCCAUAUACUAUCUUGCAAUGAAGAAGAAAGCUGUAAUAUGGGGGUUAUACAGAUCCCAGAAAGAGGCAAAGAUGACCCAGUUUUUUGGAAACAAUUUUAAUGAAGAGAGGUGGAGGAAAGCUGCUCUGAAAAAUGCUUUCUCACUGCUCGGCAAACAGCGUUUUGAACAUUCUGCUGCUUUUUUCCUUUUAGCUGGCUCCUUAAAAGAUGCUGUUGAGGUGUGCCUUGAAAAACUGCAUGAUAUCCAGUUAGCGCUAGUGAUAUCCAGGCUUUAUGAGACUGAAUUCGAAAAAACGUCAACAUAUAAAUCUGUUCUAAAAAGGAGAGUUUUAGGGAUGGAGCCCCAUAGCAAAGAACCCAUUGUUUCAAACGUGCAUCCUGAUCCGUUCAUACGAAGUAUGGCCUACUGGAUCUUGGAGGAUUAUAGUCAAGCACUGGAAACCUUGCUAAAACAGCUAGUGAGAGAUGAAGAAGAUGAAGCAUGUAGCCUGUCAUCUAGUUGUGAUCCAUCGGUUUUCAAUUUCUACAAUUUCCUACGGACUCAUCCCAUGCUAUUAAGAAGACAUUUUGGCUCCUCCGAAUCCUCCUCUACCAAAAUGCGGAUUACUGUGGAAAAUGGCUUAGCUGACAAAAUUAAUUUAGGGGAGAGAAGAUUGUUUUUUACAACUGCCCAUGCUCAUUUAAAAGCUGGCUGCCCGAUGCUUGCCUUGGAAGUAUUAUCCAAAAUGCCCAAGGUAGUAAAGAAAUCGAAACCAUUACUUCGUACAUCAAGUUUAGCAGAUGCAAGCAAGGUUACAACACCAUUGUCAGAGAUAAAAGAAGCUGGAACCAGUUCCAUUGAUUGGACAAACUCUUUGGUCAAUGGAUCAUUGUCAUCUUUUGACAUGUCAUCCGAUAAGCAAGGGAACUCUUCUCUUUUAUUUGACUGGAGCCAGCCAUCAAUGGAUGUUGAAGAUGAACCUCUGGACUUAAAGUGGGACAGUGACACAGAAGAUGAGGAAUCUGGCUUGUCAAUGAAAGACGUUAAAUCCACACAAAGCACAGAGAGUACAAAGCCCGGGACAACUGGCACAAGCUACUCCGAGUCCUUAAGCAUUGACGAAAAUGAUAUACUUUGUCCUUCUGAUGAUGUUUUAGCUGCACAAUUAAAAUUUAGAGCAUGCCUAAAGAUUCUUACUGGAGAACUGCGUACUUUGUCCACAGGCUAUGAAGUGGAUGGUGGGAAGCUGAGAUACCAGUUGUACAGCUGGCUUGAAAGGACAGUUGUUGCUCUGCAACAGAUAUGUGAUUACAAUGGUAAUUUAGAGGAGUUUACUUCAGGGGCAGCUGCUGAACUUUCCCGUGAAGACAGUUCAGAGAAUUCUCUGGAUCAGAGCGCUACAAAGCACCAAAGAGAGAAUUGUCAGCGACGACAGUGGCUUCUGAAGUUUCAGUCCCUGCUAAGAAUGUUUUUAAGUUUUUGUGUCUUACAUGGCUCUCAUGGUGGGGGAUUGGCUUCUGUACGUAUGGAACUGAUAUUGCUUCUACAAGAGUCCCAGCAGGAUACUGCCAUCCUUUCCAGCUCACAGGCAGAACAGACCUCAAUCCCUCUUCUGUUUGCCUGCACUGCUAGUGCCAAAACUGUUGUGGCUAAUCCUUUGCUGCAUCUCAGCAAUUUAACCCAUGACAUCCUGCAUGCCAUAAUCAAUCUUGAUUCUCCUCCACAUCCAGAUGUUCAUAAUCACAAGAUCUACGUAAUGCAUUCUCUGGCUGCUUCACUUUCUGCCUGUAUCUAUCAGUGUCUUUGUGGAGGCCAAGCCAACAGUUCUUCUGUGCAAACAAAUCCGUUCACAGGAAUGGCGUAUCAGAGUGUAUUACUUAUACAUAGGCAGCCUUUGAGAACAACAAGCUUAGAUGAAGCAGUGAUUCCAAAUACAUCCCCCACUCAGUGGCCAGGAAUAAGCGCCUUGCUACGCCUGCUAAAUUCUGCAGGGGAAGAGGCCCAACCAGGGCUUACUAUUUUGUUGUGUGAAAUUCUCACAGCAGUUUAUUUGAGCCUGUUUAUCCAUGGACUAGUUACACAUUCUAGCCAUGAGUUAUUUUGCAUUGUGGCCCAUCCUUUGAUCAACAAGAUGUGGUCUGCAGUCUUCGGAGGUGGAGCCCGGAUCCCAAGCAGGGGACAAUUGCCUGUUAAACCAGUUAUAGGAAAACAUUUUUCUAUCCCUAGCCCACAUCAGGUAGUUGUCUUCUCCAUGGAAUGUGUUGGCUUUUCCAAAGCCCUUACUGCUAUCAGUACUCAUAGCCUUCCCAGCCCUGCAGUAUCCUCUCCAUUGGAUGAUGGUGACAGACCAUCGAAGCGCUUCAGAAUUUCUACAAAAAUUCAGCCAAAGGAGAAUGCAAAUCAUCUUGACUCACCUGUAGUUGAUCAAGGGUCAUCCAUUUUUCGGGAAAAAUAUAUCCCUCCUGAGCUUAGUAUCUGGGAUUAUUUUAUAGCAAAGCCCUUUCCACCUCUGACACAAAAUAAACUUGAAUAUGAUUCGGAUGAGAGUCAAGGAAGUGAUGAUGAUGAAGAAGAUGAUGAUGAUGUGUCGUUAUCAGAUGUUCAGCUCCAAGAGCAUUCCAAUCCAAAUUCUUAUAGCUGGGCUUUAAUGCGACUUGCAAUGGUGCAGCUUGUACUCUACAACUUAAAGAGUUUUUACCCCUUGGCUGGUCAUGAACUUUCAGAGCUGCCUGUAAAUUCUCCCCUUUGCCAUGCCAUCAUGAAGACUUUACAGAGAUGGGAGCAAGUAUUGUUGAGACGACUUGAAAUAUACGAUGGACCUCCACCAGAUUUUAUCAACAUACCCGUCUUGGAAGAGUCUGUGUCAGCAGGCCCUGCUAUAUUACGGCACAAGGCAAUGCUGGAGCCAACUAACACCCCUUUCAAGUCAAAGCAUUCAAGCACAUUACCUGUAAAGAGACUUUGGCAAUACUUGGUAAAACAAGAGUGCAUCCAAGAAACCUUUAUAAGAAACAUAUUUACAAAAAAAAGAUCACCCGCUGAGACUGAAGCGGAUACUGGCUACACCGGGGGCAGGGCAAGAAUAAUCCACAAAGAGUCCGACAUUAUCACAGCCUUUGCCGUUAAUAAGGCUAACAGAAACUGCAUUGCAAUAGCUUCAAGCCAUGACAUACAGGAGCUGGACGUGUCUGCAAUCUUGGCCACCCAGAUUUAUUCCUGGAUUGAUGAUGAGUUUGAAACUGAAAAUAAAGGGGCUGAGGAUUUUCUGGUUGUACAUACCCGUGAUGACUUAUCAGCAGUGCAGGGUACAACCCCCUAUACCCACAGUAAUCCUGGUACUCCCAUUAAUAUGCCAUGGCUUGGGGGAGUUCAGACUGGAAGGGGAGCAUCUGUGAUGAUAAAGAAGCCUAUUAAUAAUGUCAGAAGGAUGGCAUCUCACCCAACCCUACCUUACUAUCUAACCGGUGCUCAGGAUGGCAGUGUGAGAAUGUUUGAAUGGGGCCAUUCUCAGCAGAUAACUUGCUUCCGAUCUGGUGGAAACUCCAGAGUGACUCGCAUACGAUUCAAUCACCAGGGGAAUAAGUUUGGAAUUCUUGAUGCUGAUGGAUAUAUCAGCAUGUAUCAGACGAACUGGAAAUACAGUGCAGCUACUGGGACCCCACCUAAACCGUACUUGACAUGGCAGUGCCAUAACAAGACUGCCAACGACUUUGUUUUCAUCAGUUCCUCAUCUUUAAUAGCAACUGCAGGACAGUCAAAUGAUAAUAGAAACAUCUGCCUGUGGGAUACAUUGGUGGCACCUGCAAAUAGUUUAAUUCAUGCAUUCAUGUGCCAUGAUAGUGGGGCUACUGUAAUUGCCUACGCCCCAAAACAGCAGCUGUUAAUAUCUGGGGGAAGAAAAGGAUUUACCAGUCUGUUUGACCUCCGACAAAGAGUACAGAAACAUCACUUUCAGAGCCACGAUUCUGCUGUUAAAGCGAUUGCCGUUGAUACAACAGAGGAAUACUUUAUUACCGGAUCAGCCGAGGGCAACAUUAAGGUGUGGAGUCUGACGACUUUAAAUUUGAUGCACACUUUCAUAAAUGAGCACGCUCGCCAGUCUAUCUUCAGGAACAUCGGAACUGGAGUGAUGCAAAUAGAGACUGGACCAGCCAAUCACAUCUUCUCUUGUGGAGCAGACGGCACAGUCAAAAUGAGAAUAUUGCCAGAUCGUUUCAGCACCCUUAAUGACCUCCUCAAAACUGAUGUAAAAGUUGUGCUUUAAUAUUUCUUUCUGUACAGUGGGAAACUUCAAAUGGGUUUGUGGCCCUAUGAUCUAUUAUUCUGCACUGGCACUUAAGUGGUUAAAGAAAAAUGUAUAAAAACUGGGAUGUGCAAUGAGAAGUUACAUGUGCCACUACAAUCACAAUGCGUUUAUCGGUUUCUAUUUAUUUUGGGGGGGGGGUUAUUCUGCCCCGACGCACUGAUGCCUUAAUGAAGCCUAACUAGGAAAGAUGAAUGAAUAUGUAAAUAAUAUAUAGAUAUAUAUAUAUGUUCUGCUGCUGAAAUCUGUUUUUCUUUUAAAUUCUACUUGACUUUUGUUUUUAACUUGAUUACAAACAAUCUGCACAUUUAGAAAAUAUUUUAAAAACACCUGUAACAUUUUGAUGAUCACCACGAAGAUAAUAUCCAUAGAGAGUUCUAUAUAAAUAAUUGAUUUAAAUUAUAUUUUAGGGCAGCGUAACUUUAAGGCUAAACAGUUUAGGUAAUAAUGUACCUAUGUAGGGAGCUUGUUUGCCUUUGUAAUAACUUUAGUAGCAAGCGAUCAUUUCAGGCACUUACAUUGAGCUCAGUAGAAAGGCUUGUGGUUCCUAUCUGUUCCUGAUAUUGUGGGCUAAUUACUAAAGACUUCAGAAGGAAUAUAUAUAUAUAAAUAUAUAUGCGGCUAGAAUAAAACGCUUCUUUUUUUUUGCCAAAAUGUAGAUUAGUUAACUAAAUGUUUGACCAAAAUAGGAAGAGCACAAAGAGCUACACUUUUUACUGCUCUUACACAUUUUUAGACAUUUAAAGGUAUAUUUUCGUUACUGAAGAUGCAUAGUGUAAGUAUUAAUGGUGAAACUAACCAAACUGUUUAGUGGACAUGAGUUUUGUGUUCAUAUGGAAAAACACAAAAUGGUUACAAAUAAUUGUGUGUGUGCGUAAGAUCGUAACAUUACCGUAUAUACUCGAGUAUAAGCCGUCCCGAGUAUAAGCCGAGGUACCUAAUUUUACCUCCAAAAACUGGGAAAGCUUAUUGACUCGAGUAUAAGCCUAGGGUGUGAAAUGCAGCAGCUUCUGGUAAGUUUCCAUCAAAAAAUUGAGGGUUUCUGCUCCCAUUGGAGGUGCCAGCGU